CUAAUCGAGCUCUCGAGGAAAACAGUAAAUCGCGGUCACUUCCAUUUGGCGGGAGAUAUAUCGUUUCGACUCUGCGAUUCUAGGGCACAACUAGUCAUUCGAUUGCUCUGGUGCUACUUCCUGUCUCUCUCACUCUCUGAAUUUUUGAAUUUCUUGUUCAAAUCUUUCUGUUUACGAGAAACCCCUAAAAAUCAUGGAGGAGAGCCCUCAAGCUCCAACUCCAGAACCAGAAGCGUCGUCACGACGCUCGAAAAGGGCUAGGGCACAAACGCAUACCGAUGCUGGCCAGCCUAGUAAAACCAGUGAAGGAAGCGACGAUAGUCUCAACCAGCAGGACAAGGACGACUCGCCCGACUAUUCUGAAGAGGUUCGUCCCAAAGCCAAGAGAAACCGCGCUUCAGAAGGAACAUAUGGCCCUGCGCACGGAGCUGCUCUCAGUUUGAUGGAGGUUAUUAAAGGAAAUGGAAAAGUUAUUCCUCAAACAAUAAAGCUUUGGGUUGAGCAAUAUGAAAAGGAUCCGAAACCUGCAAUGGCAGAACUCUUGACAAUGCUGUUUGAGGCUUGUGGAGCUAAAUUUUACAUCGGAGGAGACACUUUGGAUGAAACUGAUGUGGACGAUGUUGUGGUUGCUCUCGUCAACCUUGCUAGAAGAGGAGAGGUCGAAGAUUAUCAAAGUUCCAAGAAGAAGGAGUUCAAAAACUUCAAAGAUAAUCUUGUUUCAUUCUGGGACAAUUUGGUUAUUGAGUGCCAAAAUGGGCCAUUGUUUGAUAAGAUUUUGUUUGACAAUUGCAUGGACUAUAUAAUUGCACUUUCAUGCACUCCUCCAAGAGUUUAUCGUCAAGUUGCUUCGUUGAUGGGUCUUCAACUUGUCACAUCCUUAAUUAGUGUUGCUAAAAUGCUUGGCACACAGCGAGAAACUACACAGAGACAGUUGAAUGCCGAGAAGAAAAAACGAGCUGAUGGGCCGCGUGUGGAGUCACUGAACAAAAGGUUAUCAAUGACACAUGAAAAUAUAAACACUUUAGAGGAUAUGAUGCGGAAAAUAUUUACUGGGUUAUUUGUGCAUCGGUACCGUGACGUUGAUCCCAAUAUUAGGAUGUCUUGCAUACAGUCUCUUGGUGUAUGGAUAUUGUCGUAUCCUUCACUCUUUUUGCAAGAUCUUUACUUGAAGUAUCUUGGAUGGACACUGAAUGAUAAAAGUGCUGGGGUAAGAAAGGCUUCAGUUAUUGCAUUGCAAAACCUUUAUGAGAUGGAUGACAACGUGCCCAAUCUCCAUCUAUUUACUCAGAGAUUUUCCAACCGAAUGAUUGAGCUAGCGGAUGACAUUGAUGUUUCUGUGGCUGUAUGUGGCAUUGGACUUGUUAAACAAUUGCUUCGACAUCAGCUUCUGCCUGAUGAUGACUUGGGUCCUCUGUAUGACUUACUAAUCGAUGAUCCACCAGAAAUCAGGCGUGCAAUUGGUGCGUUAGUGUAUGAGCACUUGAUUGCUCAAAAAUUCAAUAGCUCCCAGUCCGGCUUAAAAGGGAAAGAAAGUAAGUCUUCUGAGGUCCAUCUUAGCAGAAUGUUAAAAAUACUUAGCGAGUUUUCGGCAGACCCAAUUUUAAGUAUUUAUGUCAUUGAUGAUGUUUGGGAGUACAUGAAAGCCAUGAAGGAUUGGAAGUGUAUUAUAUCAAUGCUCUUGGAUGAGAAACCAUUGAUUGAGCUCACUGAAGAUGAUGCUACAAACUUGAUCAGACUUCUUUUUGCGUCUGUGAGAAAAGCAGUUGGAGAGAGGAUUGUUCCUGCUUCUGAUAAUCGUAAGCAGUAUUACAAUAAAGCACAGAAGGAGAUACAUGAGAAUAACAGGCGUGAUAUAACCAUUUCCAUGAUGAAGAGCUAUCCGCUACUUCUACACAAAUUCAUGGCUGACAAGGAAAAAGUGUCGGCGCUGGUUGAGAUUAUCUCAUUUAUGAAUGUUGAACUUUAUUCAUUGAAGAGACAGGAACAGAAUUUUAAAAAUGUCCUUGAGCUCAUGAAAGAGGCUUUUUUUAAACAUGGUGAAAAGGAUGCUCUCAGAUCUUGUGUGAAGGCCAUUAAGUUUUGUUCCACCCAGAGUCAAGGAGAGCUGCAAGAUUUUUCCCGUAAUAAGCUGAAGGAUCUUGAAGAUGAGCUUGUUUCUAAACUCAAAUCUGCAAUGAAAGAAGUAGCUGAUGGUGGUGAUGAGUAUUCUCUUCUUGUAAAUUCAAAAAGGCUGUAUGAGCUUCAGUUGUCAAGGCCUGUACCUAUUGAAUCUUUAUAUGAAGAAAUGAUCGCUAUUCUUUACAGUUUUAGAAACCUUGAUGAAGAGGUCGUCAGUUUUCUGCUUCUCAACCUGUAUGUGCAUGUAGCCUGGUCUCUGCAAUCUAUUAUAAAUAGCGAAACGGUCUCUGAAGCAUCCUUAUCUUCUCUGCUGUCACAACACAAUGCCUUGUUUGAGCAGCUUGAGUUUUACCUUACCACCCUUCUAGAAGCUGAGGGAGUGGGCAAAUAUAGAAAUCAGUUAGCUUGCAGGGUUUGUAUUAUACUUGCAGAUGCAUGGUGCUUGUUUAGAAAGACAAGUUUCUCAGCAACAAAGCUGGAAAAAUUGGGGUACUAUCCAGAUGCAGCAAUGCUGGAAAAGUUUUGGAAACUUUGUGAACUACAGCUCAAUGUUUCAGAUGAGACAGAAGACGAAGAUGUUAACAGAGAAUAUAUUGAGGAGUCAAAUAGAGAUGCCAUCAUGAUUGCUGCUGCCAAGUUGGUUGCUAAUGAUACAGUUUCUCAGGAGUACCUUGGUCCAGAGAUCAUUUCUCAUUUUGUGAUGCAUGGAGCCAGCGUGUCAGAGAUUGUAAAGCAUCUCAUCUCUGUUUUGAAGAAAAAAGAAGUUGCGGUUUCCACCAUCUUUUUGGAAGCACUGAAAAGGGCAUAUGGACGACAUCUGGCAGAACUCUCCAGAAGUGUUGAUGAAUCCAUAACGGGCAAGUCUUUCCUUGAAUGCAAGGAACUGGCAGCUCGGCUUUCAGGAACAUUCAUGGGUGCUGCUCGGAACAAGCAUAGAUCAGCUAUUUUAAAGCUAGUAAAGGAUGGUAUUGAAUAUGCUUUUGCAGAUGCUCCAAAACAGCUGUCUUUUCUUGAAGCAGCUGUAAUUCAUUUCGUAUCCAAACUUGCUUCACCUGACGUCCUAGACAUUAGUUUAAAGGAUGUUGAGAAACGAGCUGAGAAUGUCAAUACAGAUGAAGAUCCCAGUGGUUGGCGCCCAUACCAUGUAUUUGUUGACACCAUACAUGAAAAGUAUGCAAAGAACGAAGGUUUGCAAGAUGAGAAAGAGGUGAGUAUUGCAAGACGCAGAGGUCGUCCUCGGAAACAACAAAAGAUUGAGGGUAAGAGGCUCUUUGAUGAACACAGUUCAAGCGAAGAGGAGGAUUCAAUCAGUGCAUCUGAUCAAGAAGAUGCUCAAGAUGAACAGAAGCAAGGUGAGGAGGAGGAGGAAGAGGCUCCAUUGAUACAGUCGCUUAGGGUGUCCUCGAAGUUGAGGUCACUGAGAGUGUCAAGAGAGGACAGUAAAAACCAGGGAAGGUCACAAGUUUCUGCUUCUUGAUCAUGAGGGGCAUCAAACUUGUGAUGAUCAAUGUCAAUUUGAACUUCUGUAUAUUUAAGGUGCAGGGGUACAAGUUUUAAGAGUUGGAUAAGGUUAUGUAAUGAGCUGGUGCGCCAGUAUUCUGAGCUGCACUUUCCCCAUUCUGUAGGGCAAAUUUGUAACACUAGUAUUUCUUGGUGCUAAUCUGUUGUGUUGGUUUUCGGCUUCUAUAGAAGCAUGCAUAUA